CGGAGUGGUAGGCAGAAUAAUUCUAUAAUAAAGUUUUGGGUACUAAAGUACAAUACUUUGAGAAAAAUGCAUCUGCUUUCAUACAUCUCCUGAACUCGCUAUGGAGUUUUCCACAUAAAAUGGCUCCUCUUAACUUACACACUUUGCAUGGUAUGUCGCACCUGACGCAGUCAGCACUGGAAAGGAUGCCCUCUGUGUCCCUGUGGCGCAUGAGACAGGGACAAAGAGCGACUUCUAACGCUACAGCCUCUAAUGGGUUUAGUGGUAGGAAGCUGCUUUCAACAAUGCUGCUUGAAUUCUCCUGAAAAACAGUGGGAAAUCCUUGUAGGCGGGCCCGUGAGCUCAAAAGCAGCACUAGGAAGGAAUGACCAGUUGUGGUUAGGGCGGAGUUGUGCUUUGGAAGUAAAAUCGCAGCUUCAUUUAUCCCAAAACCCAAAGGUGCCUCCUAGCGUGUGACAGUCGUACUCCCCUCGUUACUUUCCUGGCUACAGUACAACCUAAGAAUUGCACAGAUCUGCGCUCUCUUCUGCAGCGCCACCUGCACUAGUAUUAUUACCAAGUUGGAGAGACUUCUGAUAAGAAGGUGCCAAGGCAGGACAGCCCCCGGUUACAAGGGACAUCACGCCAGUAUGUGGCUUUUAGCCUCAAAAAAUAUGAUCUUCUUUUUUCCUAUUAAUAUGCUGCUUUUCCUUCAAUUAGUGUUUCACUGGUGCAUUCUGGAGGUCAACAGUAGUUCCUACCGAGAAAGCCUUGUACCCAGACUCCGGUUGUCCUACCAAGAUCUUUUAUCCAGUAACAGAACACAUCUCUUUGCUGGUCUCCAUGGAUUCCUAGAUUUCAGAGUAAUGUUUGUAGAUGAAUACCAUGACCGCCUUUUCAUUGGAGGAAAAGAUGCCUUAUAUUCACUUGCAUUGGACAAAAGCAAUACAGAAGUAAAAGAGAUUAUCUGGACAUCACCCGAUGUUCAGCGUGAGGAAUGUGUCCUUAAAGGAAAAGACCCAGUGACUGAGUGUGCUAAUUACGUACGACUGCUACAGCCUUUUAACAAGACUCACCUGUUGACCUGUGGUACAAGUGCCUACCAGCCUGUCUGCUCCUUUGUUUAUGUGGGACACCGAGGAGAGCACAUGUUUCAGAUGGAUGUAAAGAACACAGAAGAUGGACGGGGAAAGUGCCCAUAUGAACCCAGCAAGCUUUUUGCUAGCACUUUUGUUGGUGGUGAAUUGUAUUCUGGUUUAACAGCAGAUUUCUUAGGGCGUGACCCUCUCAUUUUUCGCAGCAUGGGAACCCGAUCUACUAUGAGGACAGAGACUGACCAGCGCCUUUUGCAUGAUCCAAAGUUUGUGGCUGCCCACCUGAUCCCAGACAAUGCAGAUAGAGACAACGAUAAAGUAUAUUUCUUUUUCACAGAGAAAGCUGCAGAGUCUGAAGGCAAAAAGCAUGCCAUUUUCAGCAGGGUUGGGCGUGUCUGUGCUAAUGAUGCAGGGGGACAGAGAGUCCUUGUAAACAAAUGGAGCACAUUUAUAAAAGCCCGUCUGGUAUGUUCUGUCCCUGGCCCAGAUGGAGUAGAUACUUAUUUUGAUGAAUUAGAGGAUAUCUUCUUGCUGAGAACACGUGAUGAAAGGAACCCAGACAUUUAUGCACUCUUUAGUUCUGUCAGUAAUGUAUUUCAGGGGUAUGCUGUCUGUGUAUACCGUAUGGUGGAUGUUCGUGAAGCUUUUAAUGGACCAUUUGCUCAUAAGGAGGGACCAGACUACCAAUGGACAGCAUAUGAAGGCAAAGUACCAUAUCCUCGACCUGGAGUGUGCCCAAGUAAAAUCACCAAUCAGCCAUAUCCACAGUAUGGCCGCACAAAGGACUACCCAGAUGAUGUGCUCCAUUUUGCUCGUAGUCAUCCUCUAAUGUACCAUCCCAUAUAUCCAGUCUACCGUCAGCCCUUACUGGUGAAAACUAACAUUCCCUACAAGCUGAAACAGAUUGUUAUAGACCGGGUUGAUGCAGAAGAUGGACAAUAUGAUGUCAUGUUUAUCGGAACAGAUGCUGGUUCUGUGCUGAAGGUUAUUGCCCUGAGGAAAGGAAACUCUGUGGAGAUGGAGGAACUAGUGCUAGAGGAACUGCAGGUGUUUAAGUCUUCAACACCCAUUACCUCAAUGGAAAUUUCAGUGAAAAGGCAAAUGCUUUUUAUUGGGUCUCCAAGCGCUGUAGCCGUAGUGAAAUUGCACCAGUGUGAAAACUACGGUAAUGCUUGUGCAGAAUGCUGCCUAGCCCGUGACCCUUACUGUGCUUGGGAUGGAGUCUCCUGUACAAGAUACAUGUCAAGUAGCAAACGUCGUUUCAGGCGUCAGGACAUUCGAAAUGGAAACCCAGUUCACCAGUGUCUGGGACAGAACCCAAAUGCAGAAGAUCUUGACGAUGUAGAAGAGAAGCUAGUUUAUGUAGCAGAGAGUAACAGCACAUUCCUAGAAUGCAUUCCGAAGUCACCUCAAGCAAAUGCCAAGUGGUAUGUCCAGAAAUCACCAAAUGAGAUAAAGGAAGAGGUUAAAACUGAUGAGCGAAUAGUGAGGACUGAACAUGGUUUGCUCUUUCGUAAAGUUCAAAAACUGGAUGAGGGAACAUAUCACUGCAAAACACAGGAGCAUGGUUUUGCACAGACUGUCACCAAGAUCCACUUGGAUGUGAUUGCCGGGGAGCAACUGGAAGAACUACGGAAUCGGGAGGAUGAUGAUGCUGGUGGCAAGUCCCCUUGUGUGUCCCACCCUCGCCUUUCAUCAUCAGCCCACAAUCGACUAUGGUUCAAAGACAUAAUGCAGCUGAUUGGCUAUUCUAACUUACACCAUGUGGAAGAGUAUUGUGAGAAGGUGUGGUGUAAUGACAAACAGCGCAAGAAAUACAAACAGAUUGCUAGCAAACAUAAGGCCAGCACAGAAGUUAUCAAGAAAGAAAAGAUGAAACCUGGCCGUAACAGAACACCUAGACAUGCCAUUGCUGCAUAGUGACUGAGAAAGACAGGCAUUUGGUUAAAAUUAUAUUGCUGUAAGUUAUACAGCAGCCUUCUAUGUGAAUCUACUGUCAUUAAGUGAUGUGACUCUUUUAUAAUGAAACAAGGCAGUCAACCUCAUGUUCUCCUAACUAUCUCUUAACAGUAACAGGGUAAAACUCUUACCUUCCAAAUACCAAUAUAAUAGUUAAGCAGUAGGUGUGAGUAUUCUUCUGUCAUUACCAUCAGAAAAACAUUUUAACUACUGUGCCUUUCAGAGGUAUGGACUGAGCUGAAGCCCAGAAAUACCACUCACUAUAACAUCCACCUCUUCACUUUCCUCUGCUUCUCAAUCAAAAAGCCAGGUCUUUUACAACUGUUGCUCAAAACACUUUGGUUUGACAUUAUAUUUGUAAGGAAAAAAUGUUCAAAGCAAAUUUUACAGAAAUGCUUGAUUAGAGGAGGGGUAUACUUGCCAAAGUGUAUCUUGGACCAGACUGGCACUUGCAGCCUAAUAAUCAGCACAUCACUGAGAUAAUGUUAGUGUAACAUAGUAACAAUCAGACAGUGAAACUGACUGACAUUCACGAGACAAAGUCAAACCUGUAAUUGUAACAGGUGACUGCUAACUUUAAGAAAUUCAGCUCCCCAACUCCUUUGACUCCAUUUGGUAUUUCUUAAGAAAAGAUAGAUAGAUAGAUAGAUAGAUAGAUAGAUAGAUAGAUAGAUAGAUAGAUAGAUAGAUAGACACAUAGAGAGAUAGAGAUAGUUUUGAUUACAACAGCAAACAGAGAAUCCUUUUGGUAUUUGAAUGAGUCAUUCCCAUUUUCAUGUUGCUACAUUAAACCUGACCUGUAUGAAGCCUGAGAUUACUGAUGUCUCAGGAGUUUAUCAAAUGCAGGCUUCCAGCUCCUUGUCUGCAUAUGACUGUAGUUGUGCAUAAUGUGCCCUUUUUACUCAUGAAAAAAGGUGGUACUGCACUGAAAACAUGUGCUGAGCCUUUCCAACAACAUACCUCAUGUGGAUUAAAAAGGGAAACUACAAUCUCCAUUUAGAUCAGUGCCACAUUUUUCAUCUGAGCAUCAUGGAAGUUACAGUCCAUGUCCUAAAUACACUACUUUAAAGGGAAUUAAAAUAUAGGCCUACCAAUAAUACUAAUAGAUAGGCUUUGUUCAUUAUCAUGUCGGUAUACACUUCGGUGUGGGCAGUCAUGGUACACAUUUAACUCAUUCAUUUUCUUAUGCCUGAAUUACCCUGUUCAUAAGGGAGUUGCAGACUAUCCCUGCACUUAAUAGGCAUAAGGCAGAGAAGUAAUCCUGGAAAGGAUGCCAGCCGAUCACAGGAUGAAGACAAACACUCAUUCACACACAUUACAUUCACACUUACAGGCAAUUUAGCAGACUGCCAGCUCACCUACAAAAUGUCUUUGGGAUAUGGGAGGAAACCAGAUUACCUAGGAAACAUUCACACAGAUGGCAUACAGACUCUGCCAGCAAAGCAGCCCAGCCAGAAAGUAAAGUUCAAAACUAAGCUGUGUGAUGCAGUAAUUUCAGCCACUGUACCACAGUGCUACCUUAUUUUCUUUAUAUUAAGUCCUUUACUGUUCACCUGCACUUACCUUUAUGUUAUGGACAGAAAUUUGUAAUGGCCAUCAGCAUGAGCUUCUGUGGUACCAAUUUAGACACUUUUAUUAGUACUUGAUUUCUAAAGUAGUAAAUUAAAGCUUCUCAUACAGCAUCUGUCUGUGAAACUCAUAUUUCAUCACCAUGAAUUCCAGUUGCAUAAAUAAGGCUUUGCAACAUCUGUUUCAGCCUGCAUUUCUGAUCCUGAACAACAGAACAGUGUGAUCAUUGCAGUCUGUCACUCUUUAUCUAGUAUUUUAAAGGAAAUACAUCACAAAUGUUAAAUAUGUAAUGAUCACUACUGAAAUCCUGAGUUUAUUUUGUCUUGGGGCAAAGUCUGCUCUGAAAUAUUAAAUAUAUGUGUCUACAUGAAUGAUACUAUUUAUGGUUGCCUAGAACUGACAAAUGCAGCACUAAUCAUUAACCUACCCUUCCCUUAUUCAAUAGCCAGAACAUUAAAAUAAGCAGAGAAUGUUGUGGCAUAUAUAAUAAAACAUCUUACUGAGUGUAUAUGGCUGAACUAUUGUGCAGCAUUCUAAUCUGUAAAGGAGCAAUAGCAUUAAGACAGUUUUUAAACCGAGUCCUAGAGAUUUCAUAAACAUAAUUACCUUUCUGUCAAAUUUUUCAUUAGGAACAAGUCCUUAUUGGGCUGCUCCUCAAAGUAUAAUUUAUCUGGGACCUGGAAAAAGAAUAGAAAUCCUGCUUCUAGAAACUUCUCACUUGAUUUGCAUAGCUGGAUCCUCGGCAUGACAAACUAACACUCCCAUACUGUUCAUUUCUAGGUGCAACUUGACAUUUAGUCCAGGUUAAGCAAAGAAACAUUAAGUGGCUCUAGCAUGCUUAUUGCUGUUGUUAUCUAGUUAUAAUAGGGAAUACACCCUACUGGAUUUGAUGACAACUGUAAUUUUUUUUUUUUUUAUUAAAUAUGGUGCCUCCUCUUUGGGGUAAAAUGUAAGCAUUCAUAAUGGAAUUUAAAAAAAAGUCUGAACCAAGCAAGUUCCCAGUAAUACUAAAAAAUAUCCUGAAGAAGUUGUUGUGCCUUAAAAACAAGCAAAACAAAAACAUUUUCUUAUUUUUUUUUUGUGUAACAUAGUGUAUAUUCUUGUGUUGUGCUUUUUUAGAUAUUUUUGUUUGUUUUUGUACAGAUGUAUUUUGCUACUACAAGGUUUGUCCAUCUGUAUGUGUGUGCAUCUAUUUUGGAAGUGUUUGAGUACUACAUUUUUUAUUUAAUUGUAUUUAUAAAACUUUAUUACUUAUGCACAUACAUGUUCCAAGAGACAAAAAGCUUAGGGUUUGGAGACUGUUUAGUACUGCUUUGCUAUAUUUAAUCUUGUACCAUAGAAAUAAAUAUGAAUUAAAUUAC